AUGAGGGCGGGCCGCGCGCUGCAGGUGCUGGGCUUGCUGCUCGGCCUGGCCCGCGGCUCCGAGGUGGGCAGCUCGCAGGCAGUGUGUCCCGGGACUCUGAACGGGCUGAGCGUGACUGGCGAUGCGGAGAAUCAAUACCUGACGCUGCAGAAGCUCUACGAUAGGUGUGAGGUGGUGAUGGGGAACCUGGAGAUUGUGCUCACAGGACACAACGCCGACCUCUCCUUCCUGCAGUGGAUCCGAGAGGUGACAGGCUACGUCCUCGUGGCCAUGAAUGAGUUCUCUACCCUGCCGCUGCCCAACCUUCGAGUGGUGCGCGGGACCCAAGUCUACGAUGGGAAGUUCGCCAUCUUUGUCAUGUUGAACUAUAACACCAACUCCAGCCACGCGCUGCGCCAGCUUCGCUUUACCCAGCUCACCGAGAUUCUGUCAGGGGGUGUUUACAUUGAGAAGAACGAUAAACUUUGCCACAUGGAUACAAUCGACUGGAGGGACAUCGUGAGAGACCGAGAUGCGGAAAUAGUGGUGAAAGACAAUGGCAAGAUCUGUUCCCCUUGUCAUGAGGCCUGCAAGGGGCGAUGCUGGGGUCCUGGACCGGAAGACUGCCAGACAUUGACCAAGACCAUCUGUGCCCCUCAGUGUAAUGGUCACUGCUUUGGGCCCAACCCCAACCAGUGUUGUCAUGAUGAGUGUGCAGGGGGCUGCUCAGGCCCUCAGGACACGGACUGCUUUGCCUGUCGCCUUUUCAAUGACAGCGGAGCUUGUGUGCGCCAGUGUCCACAGCCUCUUGUCUACAACAAGCUGACCUUCCAGCUGGAGCCCAAUCCGCACACCAAGUAUCAAUAUGGAGGAGUUUGUGUAGCCAGUUGUCCUCAUAACUUUGUGGUGGAUCAGACAUCUUGUGUCAGGGCCUGUCCUCCUGACAAGAUGGAAGUAGAUAAACAUGGACUCAAGAUAUGUGAACCUUGCGGGGGGCUUUGCCCCAAAGCCUGUGAGGGGACAGGUGCGGGCAGCCGCUUGCAGACUGUGGACUCCAGCAACAUUGAUGGAUUUGUGAACUGCACCAAGAUCCUGGGCAACCUGGACUUUCUUAUCACUGGCCUCAAUGGAGAUCCCUGGCACAAGAUCCCUGCCUUGGACCCUGAGAAGCUCAAUAUCUUCCGGACAGUUCGGGAGAUCACAGGUUACCUGAACAUCCAGUCCUGGCCUCCCCACAUGCACAACUUCAGUGUCUUUUCCAACCUGACAACCAUUGGGGGCAGAAGCCUGUACAACCGGGGCUUCUCACUGCUGAUCAUGAAGAACUUGAAUGUAACAUCUCUAGGCCUCCGAUCUUUGAAAGAAAUAAGUGCUGGGCGUAUUUACAUAAGUUCCAAUCGUCAGCUUUGCUACCACCAUUCUCUGAACUGGACCAGGCUGCUUCGGGGUCCUGCAGAGGAGAGACUAGAGAUCAAGGAUAAUCGGGCCCCCAAAGACUGCAUGGCAGAGGGCAAAGUGUGUGACCCACUCUGCUCUGGAGGAUGUUGGGGCCCUGGCCCUGGCCAGUGCCUGUCUUGUCGAAACUUCAGCCGAGGAGGUGUCUGUGUGACCCACUGCAACUUUCUGAAUGGGGAGCCUCGUGAGUUUGCCCAUGAGGCGGAAUGCUUUUCCUGCCACCCGGAAUGCCAGCCCAUGGAGGGCACUGCCACGUGCAAUGGCUCGGGUUCUGAUGCUUGUGCCCACUGUGCCCACUUCCGGGAUGGACCCCACUGUGUGAGCAGCUGCCCCAAUGGAGUCCUUGGUGCCAAGGGCCCCAUCUACAAGUACCCAGAUGCUCUGAAUGAAUGUCGACCCUGUCAUGAGAACUGCACCCAGGGGUGUAAAGGACCAGAACUGCAAGACUGUUCAGGCCAAACACCUGUGCUGAUCAGCAAAACCCAUCUAGCGAUGGCUUUAACAGUGGUAGGAGGUUUGGCAGUGAUUUUCCUGAUCCUGGGAGGCACUUUUCUCUAUUGGCGUGGUCGCCGGAUUCAGAAUAAAAGGGCUAUGCGGCGCUACCUGGAAAGGGGUGAGAGCAUAGAACCUCUGGACCCCAGCGAGAAAGCUAACAAAGUCUUGGCCAGAAUCUUCAAAGAGACAGAGCUGCGGAAGCUUAAGGUUCUUGGUUCGGGCGUCUUUGGAACUGUGCACAAAGGAGUGUGGAUCCCUGAGGGGGAAUCAAUCAAAAUUCCAGUCUGCAUUAAAGUCAUCGAGGACAAGAGCGGACGGCAGAGUUUUCAAUCUGUGACAGAUCAUAUGCUGGCCAUUGGCAGCCUAGACCAUGCCCACAUUGUCCGGCUGUUGGGGCUGUGCCCGGGGUCCUCUCUGCAGCUCGUCACUCAGUACUUGCCACUGGGUUCCCUGCUGGAUCACGUGAGGCAACAUCAAGCGGCGCUGGGGCCACAGCUGCUGCUCAACUGGGGAGUGCAGAUCGCCAAGGGUAUGUACUAUCUGGAGGAGCACGGUAUGGUGCACAGGAACCUGGCUGCCCGAAAUGUGCUACUCAAGUCACCGAGUCAGGUUCAGGUGGCAGAUUUUGGGGUGGCUGACCUGCUGCCCCCUGAUGAUAAGCAGCUGCUACACAGUGAGGCCAAGACUCCAAUUAAGUGGAUGGCCCUUGAGAGUAUCCAUUUUGGGAAAUACACACAUCAGAGUGACGUCUGGAGCUACGGUGUCACGGUUUGGGAGCUGAUGACCUUUGGGGCAGAGCCGUAUGCAGGACUGCGAUUGGCUGAAGUCCCAGACCUACUGGAGAAGGGGGAGAGGUUGUCACAGCCCCAGAUCUGUACCAUCGAUGUCUACAUGGUCAUGGUCAAGUGUUGGAUGAUCGAUGAGAACAUCCGCCCCACCUUUAAAGAAUUAGCCAAUGAGUUCACCAGGAUGGCCCGAGAUCCACCACGGUACCUGGUCAUAAAGAGAGAGAGUGGGUCUGGCAUUCCCCCUGGGGCGGAGGCCCCUGCUCUGACAGACAAGGAACUGGAGGAGGUAGAGCUGGAGCCAGAGUUGGACCUGGAUCUGGACCUGGACCUGGAGGCGGAGGAAGACAACCUAGCAGCACUGGGCUCUGCGCUCAGCCUGCCGGUUGGAACACUUACCCGGCCACGUGGGAACCAGAACCUUCUAAGUCCAUCUUCUGGAUACAUGCCUAUGAACCAGGGUAAUCUUGGGGAGGCUUGCCAGGAGCCGGCAGUUUGUGGGGGGAGUGAACGGUGCCCGCGUCCAGCCUCUCUGCACCCAGUGCCACGGGGCCGCCUGGCAUCAGAGUCAUCCGAGGGCCACGUGACCGGCUCAGAGGCUGAGCUGCAGGAGAAAGUGUCGAUGUGCAGAAGUCGGAGCCGGAGCCCGCGGCCGCGCGGAGACAGCGCCUACCACUCCCAGCGCCACAGCCUGCUUACUCCUGUCACCCCACUGUCCCCACCAGGCUUGGAGGAGGAGGAUGUCAAUGGUUAUGUCAUGCCAGACGCACACCUCAAAGGUACUCCCUCCUCCCGGGAAGGCACCCUUUCUUCGGUGGGCCUCAGCUCUGUCCUGGGUACUGAAGAAGAUGAUGAAGAUGAGGAGUAUGAAUACAUGAACCGGAGAAGGCACAGUCUACCUCGGCACCCGAGGCCGAGCUCCCUCGAGGAGCUGGGUUAUGAGUACAUGGAUGUGGGCUCCGACCUCAGUGCUUCUCUGGGCAGCACGCAGAGCUGCCCACUCAACCCUGUGCCCAUCACGCCCAGUGCCGGCACAACUCCAGACGAGGACUAUGAAUACAUGAACCGGCGGCGUGGUGGCGGCAGUGCUGGGGGAGAUUAUGCAGCCAUGGGGGCCUCCCCAGCAGCAGAGCAAGGCUAUGAAGAGAUGAGAGCUUUCCAGGGGCCUGGACACCAUGCCCCCCAUGUCCAUUAUGCCCGCCUCAAAACUCUACGUAGUUUAGAAGCGACUGACUCUGCCUUCGAUAACCCUGAUUACUGGCAUAGCAGGCUUUUCCCCAAGGCUAACGCCCAAAGAACAUAACCCCUGCUCCCUGAGGCACUCAGGGAACAUUUAAUGGCAGCUAGUGCCUCUAGAGGGUACCCCUCUUCUCCCGAGCCCCUCUCUCUCCAGGUCCCAGCUCCAUUUCCCUAGUCCUAGACAAUUCCAGUCAACCUUUGGAGGCUUUUAACACUUUGACACAAAAUGUUUGUGGUAUGUAACCAGCUGUGCACUUUCUUCUCUUGCCCAACCCUGGGAAAGGAGAAGGUUUUCCCCUAUUUUAUGUGCUUUCCCAACCCCAUUCCUCAGUUUCCUCAGGCAAACUCCCUGGAGAUAUGAAGGAUUACUCCACUCCCCGUUCCCUUUCUCUCAGGCUCUGGCUUGUUGAGACUAGCCUUUCAAAUGUGCCUUUGUUUCUCAUCAGACUCCUAAGGAAGAGGAAAGGGGAGAAACUCAGCAGGGAAAGUAAAAUUGUGGCUUAUGACUCUUAACCCCCUAGAAGGAAAUUUUGGCUUAAAGUUUUGGGGAAUGAAGAGGUUAGGAGUAGAUAGUGAUUACCGUUAAUGAAACACUGUGUGCAAAAAGCAUCAUGCUGAACUUUACUACUAUUAUCUCAUUGAAUCCUUACAACAAUUCUGUUUGAAAAGCAAUUCUGAGCUGAGUAUCAUCUCAUUUUUACAUAUAGGAAAAAUGAGCCUUAAAGAGAUUAAGUAAAUGUAGUGGCAGAUCCAGUAUUCAUUAUCUUCUAAUAUGUGCUCUUACUGUAAGUUAGCAAGGAAAACCAGAAGUUCUUGUAAGGGGCAUUUUCUUGUUUUUGCACUGAAACAAGUCUAAAUCCAACAACCACAGCCUCUUUCUAUACCCAGCUUUUCAUCUCAGGAAGGAGUAGGAGGGUGGGUUAGUCAGAAGGAAAAAUAAUUGGACAUCUUUGUGUAAAUCAUGAUCUACACAUGCUGUAAAGGAUCUUCACUUCUUACCCAAGGGACAGAUUCACAAAGGUCCCAAGAGCCACUUUUAGGAGCUUUUCUCAUUUAGUAGUUGGGAAGCUUCCAGUUGGGGUGGAAAGAAGACCCAACUUCAGACCUCUGUUCCCUUAGAUGGGAAACCGGGGGUAUCUGUUGUUUCACUCGUUUUUUUGUUUUGUUUUUAUACGUGUCUGAAUAAAAUUGCCAAUUCUUUUAGCUUCUUGUCUGUCAAAUGAA